AAUUAAUCGCAUCAAAAAAAAAAGAAAAAUUGUGGAAAAAAAGAUAAUUGAUGUUAUAUUUGAUUCGAAAAUGUUAUCGUCAUUGUCGUUUUCGGAGCAUUUGAGAAAAAGAGAGAAAAAUUUUAUCUUUAAAAAAUACAUUUCCAUCAACAUAACUAAAAAAAAAAUCGAAUCAAAUCUCGUUCAAUCUGUUGAUGUUGUAUUCAAUUCUGGUUACUCAAUAUCAUUCAUGAUGAUCGAUCAAAAAAAAAGAGAAAACAUAAUUCAUUGGAGAGAAACAUUGAUGUCAACAUUUUCAAUUUAUUUACUUAAUAUUUUUAUUCAUCAAUGGAAAGUUCAUUUCUCUUUUUCACUCGGACUUGUGUGAAUUUCAUUCUACAAUAAACAACGUUUCUUCAAAUUUUAUUGUUCGACAGUAAUAUCAAGAUUGAUGAAUUUUUUCAUUGUUACUUGUUUUUUGCUAAAUUUUUCCUGAUAGUUUUUGAUAAAUUGUCAUAAAUUCUGGUUAGCAGUAGUGUUGGUGGUGCAGAAUUGAAUUCGUAAAAAUCAAUUCUACUGUGGGAAUUAUAAUGAAAUCCGAUAUAAAAAAUAAAAUAACGAAUGACGAAAACGAAUCAAUUCAAAAUGUUGAAGAUGAAGAUGAAGAUGAUGAUUCACUUGUUUAUUGUAAUGAUAAUGUUGGUGAUCCAAAAAUUUGUCUAGUGAUAUCAUAUGAUGACAAAAUCACCAAUAAUAAUGAUAAUCAGAAUGAUGAUGAUAUGAUUUCAAUCGGCGCAAUUGAAUUACAAUGGCAAAAUUUAACCUUUGAAAUUAUUAAUAAAUCAGUGGGAAAAUUCAAAACUAAUGUACCAGAUAGUGGUACGGCAAAUCAUCAAUAUUAUCGUGAUCAUCGUCGACGACGCUUAUUACAAUCAUUGAAUGGAUCGAUUCGUACAGGGGAAAUGACCGCUUUAAUUGGUCCAAGUGGUUCGGGAAAAACAACACUUUUAGAAUGUAUUUCCGGCCGUAAUAAAUUAUCUCAAGGAAUGAUAAAUGUUUGCACAACAACAACAAUCGUUAAUAAAAAAUUAACGGAAUCAAUUCGUUUGGCAUAUCUAUCACAUUCGGAUACAAUGAUGAUGAUAUUAACCGUCCAGGAAACCUUAUUGUUUGCAUCGAAAUUGAUGACCAGCCAUGAUGAUUGUAAACAAUUUGAAGCAAAACAAAUAACGAAUAAUUUAAUUACGAAAUUAGGACUAGAGUCUUGUAAAAAUAUCUAUGUUGGUCGAUGUUCAAAUGGCCAACAAAAACGUCUUAGUAUUGCAUUGGAAUUAUUAUUUUCACCAACAAUACUGUUGUUGGAUGAACCAACCAGUGGCCUGGAUUCGGUUGCAUGUUUUCAAACCAUACGGUUAUUGCGUGAAUUAGCCGAUGAUCAUCAACAACCAAUCGCUAUCAUGUUGUCCAUACAUCAACCGACAGCAUCAAUGUUGAAAUAUUUUGAUAAUCUUUAUGUAAUGGCUAUGGAUGGUCAUUGUUUAUAUCGUGGUCCAAGCAAUCAAAUGGUUGAUUAUUUAGCCGCAAACAAUUUACAAUGUCCUACAUAUCAUAAUCCAGCGGAUUUUAUUGUUGAAAUUGGCGUUGGAAAUCUAUGUGAUAUGAAUACUGUUGAACGAUUAAUAAUGGCUGCAAAAGCUCAACAACAACCACAAGAAUCAAUGGUGGGUGGUAAAAUGAUUCCAAUCAAAAAAAUUAUACAACAAUCACGUUCAAUAACAAAUGAAUUCAACAUACGGCAAUCAAUGCAGCAAUUUUUUCAACUAUGGUUACGUUCGGUAAUGUUACAAUAUCGUAAUCCAUCAGAAAUACUUACCCGUGUAUUCGGUACCGGAAUCGUCAUAUUUAUCAUAUGGUUAAUUUACAAAGAUAUGCGAUUAGGUGAAAAUGAUAGCUGUUAUCGUCCGCUUAUACGUAAUAUGAUACGUGAUCGAUUGGAAAAUAAUAAAACAUCUAUAUCGAACGAUUUUGAAUGGUCAAAACAAAUGUUGGAGGAAAGCCAUAAUCAAUUUAAUUAUGCAUUCUUAUUUUUCAUUGAAAUGUUCAUUGCAUUCAUUUCAACAUUACCUGUAUUGCUCACAUUUCCAAUGGAAAUCAUUGUUAUACGACGUGAAUUAUCACAUGGUUGGUAUCGAUUACCAAUUUAUUUUCUAGCUAAAAAUAUGGUUACCAUUCUACCAUCAUUGAUCAUUUCAAUUUCAUUCGCAACAACAAUCUAUUUUAUUACCGAUCAACCAUUGGAUCAACAUUGGCGUUUCAUAUAUUUUAACAUCAUUCUGAUGUUAAUGGCCUUGGUUGGUGGUGGUGUCGGUCAAUUAAUAUCUGCAUUGUUUGUUAAACAAGCAAAUCAAGCAUUAAUAUUUGCUGCAUUAUCACAGAUGGGAUUGAUACUGUUUUCUGGUUUAUUCGUACCGAAUUCAUCGUUACCUGUACCAUUAAAACAUAUGACUUAUGUUUCACAAUAUAGACUUGGUUUUGAAUCAUUAAUAAUUAGCAUUUAUGGCUAUGAUCGUUGCCGUAUUUUCAAUGAUCUCGAUGAUGAUUAUCAAUUUUUAACAAACGAUGCAUUAUUAAUACGAUUAUUUAGACAUCAAUUUCCAAACAACGAUACAAUGCUGACCAUUAAAAAAUGUUUACGAAAUCAAAUGCAUGAUGAUGAACAGGAAACAUUUUAUUCAAUUUAUAAUGAAAUAUUCGAUUCAUUCGAUAUGAUCGCGGGUAAGUCGGAAACAUUUUCCAUUGCAAUCCGUGCAUUCAAUAUUGUUGAUGAACAACUUUAUUUCAAUAUAAAAAUGUUAAUAUUCUAUGCAAUUAUAUAUCGUAUAUUAGCUUAUAUUGUAUUAUAUCGAAAAGUUCGAUUCUAA